AUGGCCUCGCGCUGGUACACCACAGACUAUUGCACCAUCUGCUGCCGGCACAUCCCCGUCUACUCAUGGUACUACCACUCCUACACCUGUCAUCGGCGCACCGUCACCAGAACCAGCACCAGCACCGGAGCUCGGCGCUCGCACUCGCGCCACCGUGAGCGUGAGCGUGAAUACGAGUACGAAACCACCGUCCGACGCACCCGGAGUCGAAGCCGCCAUAGGUCUGCUUCGUACUAUUACUACCUUCCGUGGAGACAUCGCCCGGCUCCCGAGCCGGUGAGGUGUCCUACUCCUGCUCCGUUGCCGGAGCCUUGCCGGAGCCGGAGGGAUAGCUCGGACAGGGAUAAGGGGUGGAGGAGGAGGACGGUUGAUAUUUAUAUUGAGCAUUAA